AUGAUCAAUAUCCGUAACGGUUCGGAUCGUCCUCUAAAAGCUUACGCUUCCGAUAAAGAGAUUUUAGUCUCAGCCACCUUCGAGGCACCUCUCUUCAUUUCAAAUGAUAGGCCUAUCCUGCUCGAAAAAUUCUAUGUGGUGGAUGAUCGUCGCGCUCUUCUCGGUAAAUCCACGGCGAUAAGGUACUGUGUUCUGAUGCUUGGUUUGGAAGUCCCGGUCCUGAACCCCGUAUACCGAGGGGAAAUGGAGGAGAUAUUGAGCAUCCGUUGCGAGGAUACGUUCCCCAAAUUCAACAUACCGCCCGUCAAGCUGAUUUACGAUAGGGAGAAACCACCGUGCAGGAACAUAUUCAUGAACAUCCCCCAAGCGUUGAAGCCAAUUGUGGAGCAACGUUUGCUAAACCUUGUUAGCUCAGGAAUCAUCGAACCGGUGUCUGACCAAAUGUCUACCGACUUCUGUUCAUCGAUGCUGGUCGUGCCUAAGGGCAAGGACGACAUCCGCUUGGUAAUUGACUUGCGUGGUCCCAACCGGUACAUUGUGAGGACGCCAUUUUCAAUGCCAACAGUCGAAAGUAUCGUCGCGGAACUAAAUGGGGCCAACUGGUUCUCCACCAUCGACCUGCAAAGUGCCUUUUUCCACAUCGAGCUCGAUGAAGAAUCUCGACACCUUACAAACUUUUACACCGAGUUCGGGAUGUUUCGGUGCGUACGGCUGCCAUUCGGUCUCUGCAACGCUCCCGACAUCUUUCAGGAGGUUGUACAAAGAAAGAUUCUUGGCAGCUGCGAGGGCGUCAUUAAUUAUUUAGAUGAUGUUCUGGUAUUUGGUAGAACCAAGGAAGAGCACGAUGCCAACUUGGCCAAAGUGUUGGCUUGCCUGAAGGAACAUAAUGUGAAGCUUAACCAAGACAAGUGCGUCUUUGGGGCACAGGUCGUGAAGUUCGUCGGGUUCAGACUGACUCCCGAAGGCUGGCAAGUCGAAGAUGACAAAAUUCAAGCUAUUAAGAACUUCCGAAUGCCGCAAAACUGUUCCGAAGUGAAGAGCUUUCUCGGGUUAGUUACUUUCACAGAUCGAUUCAUCAAAAACCGCGCGGACAAGACCGUUAAAUUGCGUGCUUUGGCCACUGCUGAUAGCUUUUAUUGGACGGAUGCAGAAGAAGAGGAGUUCAAUUACCUUCGGAAUUCAGCGCUGAAGGAAAUAAAAACGUUGGGUUACUACAGCAUGACCGACAAGACCGAAUUAUACGUCGAUGCAUCGCCUGUUGGCCUGGGGGCUGUGCUCAUACAGUGGAACGAUGCCGGAAAACCCCGGGUCAUAGCAUGUGCGUCGAAAUCAUUAACAGUAACAGAGCGCAAAUACCCACAGACCCAGAAGGAAGCUCUGGCGGUUGUUUGGGGAGCAGAACGUUUUUCAUUCUACUUGUUGGGGCGAACCUUCGUCAUCCGAACGGAUUCAGAGGCGAACGAAUUUAUCUUCAACAGCCAGCAUAGAUUGGGGAAACGUGCAGUAUCUAGAGCUGAAGCUUGGGCCCUGCGUUUACAGCCAUUCGAUUUCUCCAUUGAACGAGUAGCUGGUGAUUUGAACGUAGCCGACGCAUUGUCACGACUCAUUGGCGAAUCUCAAGAGGCCAUCCCAUUUGAAGAAGAAGAUUCCGGGAAUCUGUUGUAUGCACUUGAAGCUGGAAAACUGGAAAUAACUUGGGACGAUAUAGAAGUCUCCUCCGAAAACGACGACGAAAUUCAGAACGUUCGCGAAGCGGUUACAUCAGGAUGUUGGCCAGAAUAUUUGCGUAAAUUCGAAGCUCAAAGGAAGAACUUAUACGUUCUUGGCUGUACCGUUUUCAAGAACGACAGAGUCGUGUUACCUGAACCGUUGAGGCAAAAGGCAAUGUUGUCAGCACAUGGUGGACAUCUAGGUGAGGUUAAUAUGAAGCGCGUCAUGAGGGAGUUUUUCUGGUGGCCGGGUAUGGCGAAAGAUGUAGAGAAAUUCGUCAAGAGUUGCGAAACCUGCAUAGUGCUAGCAAGGAAAGGACCAACUCAGCCUUUGUCGUCCAGAGAAAUGCCGGAGAAUCCCUGGGAAGUAAUCCAGAUCGACUUCCUUUCCGUGCCGGGUUUCGGAACCGGGGAAUUUUUAGUGAUCGUGGAUACUUAUUCAAGGUACCUAUCGGUCGUGGAAAUGAAGCAGAUGGACGCGGAUCACACAAAUGCAGCACUAUGUGAUGUUUUCCAGCGAUGGGGCCUACCCCGAGUACUCCAGAGCGAUAACGGACCUCCCUUUCAAAGCUCGUCCUUUGUCUCUUUCUGGGAAGGAAAAGGCGUUAAGGUUCGUAAGGCGAUUCCGCUUAGUCCUCAAACGAACGGAACCGUCGAGAGGCAGAACCCCGGGAUCACCAAAGCGAUGUCAGCAGCAAGGUUGGAAGGGAAGAAUUGGAGGUGGGCGUUGAACCAAUACGUUCAUAAUCGCAACACGCUAGUGCCUCAUACCCGGCUGGGAGCAACUCCUUUCGAAAUGCUCGUAGGUUGGAAGUUCCGAGGCACCUUCCCCAGUCUUUGGGGACACAGAGAGCAAGCGCUAGAUCGUAUCGACAUUAAGGAACGGGACGCAGAAGCGAAGUUGAUCAGCAAAAAGCACGCAGAUGCCAAACGGGGGGCAAAACUUUCGGAUGUGGACGUAGGAGACGUGGUACUUGUUCUACAACAAAAGAAAUCAAAAACUGACCCCACCUAUUCGUCAGAACCAUUCACGGUUAUUGCCAAGGACGGUUCGAAAUUGAUUGUGUUGAGCAAAGGAGGCGUGCAAUACACCCGGCAUAUCCAAGAUGUCAAAAAAGCACCUACACAGUACAACAAAAUGGAUUGCCUUGUACCAAGCGAUACUUUGGCAAUACCUGAGUCUAUGCAUUCGGGAGCACAAGACGGAUUGUUGGAGCUUCCACCUUCUAGUAGUGAACCUGGCUCACUACAUAACCAAGACAAUAAUUCGAGGGUCUUGAGGAUGCGAGAUACCAUCAAACCCCCGGCGCGGUUUGAUAAUAAAUAUGUAUACCACAUUUAUCAAUAG